AUGAAAAAGCAGAAGCAGGCGGCAAAAACAGAGGAGUCUCUGUCCACAGCCAUGGCUUACGAUAGAAUAUCCAAUUUGCCAAUACCUAUACUUCACCGCAUACUCUGUUCCCUCUCCCAGAGAGAAGCUUCAACCGAACCCUACAAGGAUACCGUGAUCAAAACCUCUCCAUACACAAACUCCAUCUCCACUUAUCGAACAUCGACUCACGACCGGUCAUCUCCCGCCCUCAAUAUAAAAGCAUUCAAACUUAACUUUAUUUCUUGUAUCCCGUUGUAUUACGACCUGCCCUCGGCAGUCUUCUUUUCCGAGUCCCUCGAAGAACUACACCUUUGCAAAUGUAGGCUGAGCCCAGUCGAAAGCGUGCGGUUCGAAAGUCUACGCAUGCUCACCCUCGAACAGGUCGAAGUUGAUGGCGGGACUUUGGAGACAAAAACGUUGGGAUGCCCUUUGCUUAGGCGCCUGGUCAUUAAUAAUUGUUGGGAGUUGAGAAACAUUAGGUUGAGCGAGGCGCCUGGGCUCAAGCACUUUGAUUUGUGUGAUUGCAUCGAGAUGGAAGGGGGUAGCAUCAAAAUCGAAGUCCCGAAUCUCGAGACGGUCCGCAUCAGGGGACCAUGGAUUUGGUCUCACUGCCGAAGCGCAUUCUUGUUUUCUCGUCUCGCGAGUUUGCAUCUUUGUGAUGUGAUCCUGUCGAGUGAGUCGAUUGAUCUGUUAUCGUUCGGCUGCCCCACUCUUGAGAGCUUGGCCCUAAGAAGCACAGACACGGACACGGUCCUGGAGGAGUGUCCGUGCUUCAUAGGCUUGGCCCUGCAUAAUUGCUUCGGUUUCGAGGAAUUCCAUCUUGCAAGUGAUUCGGUCAAGCGGUUGAGCAUCGCGACAAGAAAUAUAUUGCUUAAAGGAGUUACGAUUUGUGUCCCGACCACUACUUCCAAGGGGUGGGAUUCAAAUGUUAUCCUCAGUUUGUGUGAGGAUGAUCUCGAUUUCAACGCCAGUUCAUGGUUCCUUAUGCUGAGACGAAUCCUCAAGCCACUGAGUGGGUCUCGGAUUGAUCUGACUUUGCAGAUGAACAGCGGCUCUCGUCUGGACGUGCGAUGUGGUGCUGUUGACGGCAGUCGUCUUCUCAGUGACGAGCCGCCUGUGGUAGUGGAGAACUUGGAAAUUAGAACUUCUGAUUGUCGCACGAAAUCUUGGUACUCGGACUUUACGAAUGAUUUGUUUCGUGUUUGUCGACCGAGGCACGUAUGGGGUCAUAGGCUCACGAGCAAGUCGGUGGUGGCCUGGAACCAGAGGCUCUCAAACUUUCAGUUCAACAUCUUGCUUGCAAACAUGAGCCUCGGGACCUUUUGGCGGCACGAUCUGGAACAAGUGCACGUGAAAGCCGUCGAUGGGGAAAAAUUUCAGCUCGUGGAGUGGACGGACCUUUCAGAAUUGCGAAAGAGGACGUAUGACAGGGUAAUAUUCAUUCAGUUGAAAUGGAGAGGUCAGAAUUGGGAAACAGGACAUAUGGAUGGACCUUUCCAGUUUUAUUUCACUGAAAGCCUAGGCCUUUUAUGA